AUGUUCGCACGUCGAGCACGUCGCGUGUACUUGAGCGGCGUGACAUUAACACGCGUCGGCGUGACGGACGUGCUAAGUGUGUCCGAAGUAUCGGGGGCUUUCUACCGGAGCGAUGUUAAAACGCAGGCAGUUGUUAAGUGCGAGGAUGUUUCGUGUGCGCUGAUGUGGCCCGCCGAGGCCAGCUGCGAGAGGAGCCACCACCCGGGCUCAGCAAGGUCCUCGCACUCGCACUGGGGGCCAUUCAUCACGCGAUCAUUGCCGUAUCGGAUCUCGCUUGGCGUG